AUGCAGUAUCGAAUCUCAUUGGCAGCUGGUGUGUUUUCAAAGCAACAGAUUUACAAAGUGAAAAAUGGUGAGUGGAAUGUGGAACUGAGUUUUCAGAUAUAUCGAAGUGGCAAACACCUUAUCGAAUGUGCCGUUCGCAUGGCCAUUGCUGCGUCUGAUUGCCGAAAUACAUCCAUCUUUAUGGCUUUACUGGCAUCGAUAAUGAUAAGAUUCGAGAACCAUCCAAGUCAGAAGUCGAAGCCACAGGAGUUCGAUAUCGACUCGCUGAAGCGGUUGUUUUUCGUCUUUAUCAAGGGAAAAGUGGUACCAACGGAAUUUGCCGUAUUUCUGCAAGUCAUACCGAAUAUUAGCCACAGAGAAGCAUUCCUGAUACUGCUGGAUCUUUGGCGUUAUUUACAGAGCAUUGUAAAUGUGUUUAAAAUAUCCGCAAUAAGUGAAGCGCUGGAGAGUACGCAAACUACAGUGAACAUACCUCCAAUAAAGGGGGAAGUGCUGCCGUUCAUGACAGCAUUCCGACUGGUAAUUCAACGUAAUAUUACGCAAUUGGCUUAUCUGUUUCCUUAUUUGAGGAAACUUGGUUUAUCGAAGAAUGUUGAAUAA